UACCAUGAUUUUCGCGUGUAUGUGCUGUAUUCUGGUAUUUAGAGUUGUCCAGUAAUAGUGGAAAUUGGUAUGCAAGUGAAUUUAAGCAAAUUCUUGUUUUUAGUGUGCUUUCCUAACAAAGCAAUACGCUAUUAGUUUGAAACGAUGGCCAAUGAGAAAUAAACGAACCGAUCAGUUCAACUAUUGGAUGCCGAAUGCUUGUAGCAAGCGACCAAGAUCAAGUUGAGAAGCUUAUAGUAGAUAGUUAUACAACGAGAGAAGCAAUGGGACAAGCUCUUAGCAAUGUAACACCUGCGGACUUGAAAGAGCAUCAUCUUAAUGUCAUGAAGAAAUAUCUUCCCCAAGGCCUUUCUUUCGGAGCGUACGACCUUAAAACAGAGGAACUUAUCGGUCUGGUAUUGAUGGGAUUACCGUGUGAAGCCAAAAAGCAGAAAUUGAACGACAUUGGUAAAAAAAUGGCCAAGUUCAUUGCGGAUUUAAACCUCGCGUUGCCCGAUGAUGCGAAGACAAGCAGAUGUGCUUUAAUAGAAGCGGUCACAGUGAGAGAAGACUUUUGCAACAUGGGUAUUAUGACCGCCUUAUGGGACAGGUGUAAACUCAUCGGCAAAGCUUUUAACUGUAGCUACGUAACCGGCGAAUGUACCUCCGUCUACAGUCAGAAGAUUGCAAAGAAAUUGGGUUAUACUCUACUAAAUACCAUUGGGUUUUUAGAGUACACUGAUGAAACUACUAAAGAGAAAUGGUUUUCGUCAGCCAAGCCACCCCACUUAACUGCACAGUUGGUGUGUUUGAAAUUAACGUGAUAAGAAACAUAUCUUUAGUUAAACUAUACAGCAUUGCUGGUUCUCGA